GAGAAAAUGGCGGCCGCCUCCAAUAACUUCACUGCGAAGCUUGAUGGGCAGAUGUGUGGUCCAAUCAGCGCUGGCCGCGCCUUAUAUAUAUCGGGCGCAGGGGUUUGCUCGUGCUGUUUUUGCAGUUGAGCGCUCUUGGUGUGUAGUUAUGGCUCGUACUAAGCAGACGGCGCGCAAGUCCACGGGCGGGAAGGCCCCUCGCAAACAGCUGGCCACCAAGGCGGCCCGCAAGAGCGCGCCGGCCACUGGCGGCGUCAAGAAGCCGCACCGCUACCGCCCGGGCACGGUGGCCCUGCGCGAGAUCCGCCGUUACCAGAAGUCCACCGAGCUGCUGAUCCGCAAGCUGCCCUUCCAGCGCCUGGUGCGCGAGAUCGCGCAGGACUUCAAGACCGACCUGCGCUUCCAGAGCUCGGCCGUCAUGGCGCUGCAGGAGGCGUGCGAGGCCUACCUGGUGGGCCUGUUCGAGGACACCAACCUGUGCGCCAUCCACGCCAAGCGCGUCACCAUCAUGCCCAAAGACAUCCAGCUUGCGCGCCGCAUCCGUGGGGAGCGGGCAUAAGCUGUCCUCAGCGUGUGGUGACCUUGAACCCAAAGGCUCUUUUCAGAGCCACCUACAGUUCCAGUUUGAAGAGCUGUUAGCAAAGAAAUUCUGUCCCCCCCAAAAAGGGGGUCGGGGGUACAGUAGUGGGAGGCCUGCACUGGAGUGGUUGUCUGGUAUCUGCUCCCAAAACAACUUGAAGAUCUGUAAGCGUGAGAGUGUUAACUCCUCUAAAAGAAUACAGCAUAGGUUUGCAAGUACUUCUGGAACCUGCAUACAAUUUCCUUUGCCACCUUCUAAAUACUCAACUUCAUUUCACCUUUUUCUUUGAGGUACAAUGUUCCUCGUCCGACAACCACAACUUAUUCUGUGAAGCUACCUCUUUCACAAUGAGUAGCUGCACAAAAUAAUGUAUUGCGUGAUAGCUAUAUAUCUUAAGGAUGCGGAGCUUGUUUUAGCAACCUCCUCAAGAUGUCUGCCCCAUCUUUGGAAAAAAUUUUACUAUAGUGGUACACGGAUCUUGUAUUCCUGAAACAGUAAUCCUUAAAAUCUUCAGCUAGUUGGCAGCUUCCCACUUUCCUCCAAAUGCAAUUUCUGUAACGCCCUCAGAAUACAUGAAUUUUCUAUUUAAUAUUGUUGCACACAAAAAUGGGGGCUCCUAUUGGCGAUUUACCUAUCGCUCAAUUGAUAAACAAGUCUCUAGUAAAUAGCUCUGCACUUUAAAGUCAAUGCCCUGACAAAACAGCACCAGCCGGUCCCUGAAGUUUACUCAAAAAUUGUAGACUUCUUGCUGGAAUAAAUCUUCAGCUACAGGACACACCCAGAAUUCACAUUCAGAAACACCUAACAGGUAAGAAGGUAUACAUAAGGCAACUUAGGUAUAAUGCAGACAACUGUAACAAUCUACAUUUUUAAGAAAGUUCCUUAUACUUUUGCACACAUGGGAGAGGUUCCUUGGUCCCACAGUGGGCAAGAAAGGGCAUUAGCCUCUGGGCUUUACAUUCUUUUCCUCUGUAAUCCGUUAUUUAAAUGUACAUGAUCAAUUUAUUCAAAGCGCACUGUGCA